GCGGCCACUGCGACGGCAGCGCCGACCACUUUGGCGCUGACGACAGGACCAUCGACGGGGCCAGUGACACCUUCGUCAAGGCAUGGCUGCAGUGCCACGGACAGGCUUUUCCAGAUGCCAUCGUUGGGGACCUCUACGCCUUCGACCCGAUCGGACGCGAGGCGGUCGCCGGGCACAAGAGACGUGCUCGACUUCAGGCGGCCGUGCUCGGCGGGGACGAGGACGAGGCCAUGGACGCUGAGGAAUGGGUCUACGCUGACCUCGAGGACCCAGCGUUCGGGACGCUCGUCGCCGCCGAUGUCCUCGAGGGGGACGAGUUCGUGGAGCUGGGCAACCGCGGCCUGGUGCGCCGUGAAGGUACAGCUCGAGGGGUCGAGAAGGUUGGACGUGCUCGACUGGGCGAGUGGGCUGAGCAGCGUCGUGUCGGCGCUGAGGACAUCAGGAGUCUGGGCGUGCACACAGCAGCGGACGGCACACGUCACCUCGGGUGGCCAGACGCCGUCGGCAUGCUGCGCGAGAGUGACAUGCCGGAGUGGAAGUUCGAGGGGCCACGAGUGUGCAAAGAACUGGCCGCCUCGAUUCGAGAAGGAGCAGGAAACCCGACUUCGUACCACGCCGAGUGGAUCAGGCUGUCGGGGGUCAACCAGAAUAGCGCCAUCGCCUAUGAGCACAAGAACGCCAUGGAGAUGUUGCGUGUGGCCACCAGUACCGACCAGGUCGACAUCAGCAACCUGGCCUCGUUCGAGCUUCUCGCGAGGCGGGUCGUCAUGCUGGAGAUGGCGGUGGCGCGAGACCCCCGGGAUCCCGACUUCAGUGGGCUCGGAGUCAUUGCUGACGGCGCUGUGGGGACCGACGGGGCUGCACGAGCGCCGAGGUUCCGCACCUGGGUGUCGGACCGUCAGAAGGAGAGGGCGAACAUCCUCAAGCAGUCGAGGUUGUACAAGGAGGAGACCAGGAACGAGCGGGACAGGCUUGUUAGAGAUACAGUACUCGGUGUCAACCAACUGGCGGCCGCUCAAGCUAACAAUUCGCACUUUCGACGAUCUCCGCUGGCGAGCUCAGCUCCUGCAGCAGUCCAGCGGGAGAUGUUGGCGAGUCUCGAGGAUCGGGUGGGGCGUGCAGGCCUGGUCCCCGAAGGCCUCGCUCCAAGUAGAGCCCUCCGGGAGCUCUUCAAAACGAAGGACCUGCGCGGUCAAGAGCCACGUCACCUUGCCAGUUAUGAUCCAGCCAAGCUGCGAGUGGCCAAGGGAGUGGUGGAACCCAAGGAUGCGAGAGCGCUGCUACCACCUCAUGCAGCGCAGAGGCUCCGACGCUACAAGACGUGCAUCGAGCUGUCCGCCGAGGAGAUCGAGGCCAAGUUCGCCUCCGAGCCCUCGCCCAAGCCCUACUGGGAUCCCGUGCUGCGGCGCAACAAGCGAGCCCGGCACGAGCUCUUCGAGCGCCUCCUCUCCUCGGGCAUCCUGGUGCCCAGGAGGCGGCUCAAGGGCCGCAUCGGGCUCUUCUUUGUCAAGAAGAAGGAGGGGGCCAUCCGCCUCAUCGUGGACGCCCGAUACCCGAAUGCCUGCCACAAGCCGCCGCCCACCACGCAGCUGGGGACCGCGCAGUCCUUCGCGGAGCUCAACCUGGCCGAGUUCGCGGAUGUGGCGGCGGAGAUGGCGACUCAUUGUGUUCUGCCUGGUGCUGGGGGUGUCCCAGCUUUGGACUUCCACCAGAGUGGCGCUGACGUGCGCGACGGCUUCUACCAGUUCAGCAUCGUCGAGGUGGCCGACUGGUUCGGUAUCGACGAGUCGUUCAGCAAGGGGAGUUUUGGCAUCACCAAGGUGUUCGACCCCGAGCUGGGCGUGGACGUGGAGCUGGCCACGCACGAGUCCUUCUACCUCUGCAUGGGGGCCAUGCCCAUGGCGCGCUCCGGCCCCCCGCCUGUCCCUGGGCGGCCCGUCCACGCCGUGUACGUGGACAACCACACGGGGCUGGGGCACAGCGCCAUGGACGCAGAGCAGGCCCACCAGGACUUCCGCGCGCAGUGUGCCGCCUUCGGCCUCGAUCUCCACGAUGAGGUCCCCUGCAGCCCCUAUCUCGAGGCUCUCGGGCUGCAGUUUGACGGGCCGGGCCGCCGCCUGCGGCAUCGAUCGGCCCGCCUCUGGCGCUUCAAGCUGGCGACUGCAGCCCUGCUUCGCCGCCGUGUGGUGGCAGGAUGGCAGCUCGAGAUCUGGUUGGGCCACGCCGUACACAUGUGCGGCCUCUGCCGACCCCUUCUGUCUAUCCUGUCCCAGAGCUACGCCUACGUCGCGGCUCACAAGGAGAGGUCAGGACGCUUGUGGCGAGGCGUUCGGCGUGAGCUCUGGCUCAUGUCCAACCUGGUCUUCACCUGCGAGGUGGAGCUGGACGCGCCGUUCAACCCGUCGGUCUACCUCGGCGACUCGUCGGGCUACGGCUACGCUCUCAUGGAGACGAAGGGCACAGGCGACGAGCUGCUGGAGGACUUCAAGUGGAGGGAGCGCUGGAGGUUCAAGGCCGCGCCGCCGCUGCCUCCGCCGCCGCACCCGACCUUGGAGGCGUUGGGGGCGGCUUUCGGGGUCUGCUUUGACGGCGACGACCCCGAGCAGCUGGAGGCGUUCGGGGAGCCCCACGUCGUGGGGAGGACCGCCUGGGAGCCGCUGGGGGCUCGGACGCGCCUGGCGCUGUGGGCCGCCGAGGCAGCCCGCGCAGCCGAGGUCGGGGCCGAUCCCAAGCGGUGCAGACGCCGGCGAUUGGCCCGAGGGGCCGCGCAGCGGGAGGAGGUGGAAGUGUUCGAGGCCAUCCCCGUGGUCGGCGCCUGCUGGGACAAUAGGCGGCGCUGGCGUACGCUGGUGGAGGGCUUCUGGCACUGGAAGCAGGAGCACAUCAACGUCAAGGAGGCUAGGGUCUGUCUCAUGGGUCUCCGACGUAGCUUGCGGACUCGACGGGGCUGCCACCGCCGGCUCCUCACCCUGUCGGACAACCUCGUGUCCGCCGUGGUGUUCGACCGCGGCCGCUCGUCGAGCUGGGCGCUCAAUGCGCUGUGCCGCCGAGCCGCGGCCUAUCAGGUUGCCGGCUGUGUGGCGUGGCGGGUCCGCCACAUCCGCACGGACAGGAACCACGCGGACGAGGGCUCCCGUCGUCCCCGAGCCCCGCGAGUGCAGGUACCCACGAGACUGGAGGGCGGGGCGCCCGCGGCCUCUCUGCGGAGGGGAGGCCGCCGCCUGGGCGCGCCUCGACAUCAUGGCGCGCCCCAGGCGGUCCAAGCCUCGCUCGAGCUCUUCUCGGGCUCAGGCCGGCUCACCGCCUCUCUCCGGCGCCUGGGGCUGCGAGUCCUGCCAGGCGCCGAGAUCAGGCGCUCCGCCCGAUAUGAUUUGUCACGUCGCACGACGCAGCGAGCUGUGCUGCGUUGGAUUCGGAGUGGGAAGCUCUGGUACGUACAUCUGGGGACAGCAUGCUCCGCCUGGUCAGUCGCCCGCUCCACGCCUUAUAACAUCGAGCGGGCGCGGCGGUUGGAGGCAGUGUCUGUCGACAUGGCGCUCUUCACAGCGGAGGUCAUCAAAGAGUGUGACCGCUGUGGCGUACUGUGGUCGCUGGAGAAUCCUGCCAGCUCGAAGUUGUUUCGCUUCGAGCCCCUUGCUGUCCUUGCCAGCCUGCCAGACGCCCGAUACGUCUCGUUCGGUCUUUGUGGAUUCGGAGAAAAUGUUCGCAAACCGACCACCAUCUUCACCAAUGCCAUCUGUCUGGACAUCCUGGGGAGAAGAUGUGAUGGGUCACACCGCCAUGAGCCUCUGCAGGGUGGGCUCAAGGCUGGAGCCUACUCGCCCGCCCUCUGCCGAGAGUGGGCUGCCGCGCUAUGCUCGGCGGCGCCUCCUCAGGCCUUCGGCGACUCCGAGCCGCUCGCCUCCGAGUGGGACGCGGAGCUGGAGGCGCUGGUGCCGCGGUCGCAUGGUGCUGCAGCGAAACUCGGGGAGGCUCACGGCGGGACUGACGCCGAGAGCCGCGGGCAGGACUUCCUCGCGCGCCACGCCGUCGAGUUCGGCGGCGCGCGGGGUCAUCAAGGCGGCCCUGAGGAGAAGGAGCGGCUGGCGGUGGCGCGCAGGGCGCGGGUCCCGCCAGCGGCGCGCGACGACUUCCUGCGGCUCGGGACCAUCCGUGACUCCACGAAGCGGCUCUACUCCGACGCGCUCGGCAGGUUCAUGGGCUGGGCGAAGUCGAGGCACUACGACCUGGGUAGCUUCAGCUCCACGGACUCGGCGAUGGAGCAGUACUUCACCGACCUGUACUUCGAGGGGUCUGGUCCCGCCGAGGGCCGCAACGUCCUCUACGGCUAUAUUCACUUCGAGACGCACCUGGAUCGGAACAAGGCCAACCUCUUCCCGAAGGCGUCGAGGGCGCUUCGAGGGUGGACCACUCGGGCUCCCCAGCGAGUCCGUGAUCCCAUCCCCUUCGGCGUCGUCUGCCUGAUCGGCCUCUACCUCCUGGACAAAGGCCUGACCGCCGCCGCCGUGUGCCUGGCUCUGCAGUUCGACUGCUACCUGAGGCCGGACGAAGCUGUGUCGCUCCUCCUGUCCUCGGUGCUGCCGCCUGCUCCCCGGGCUGGCCGGCGCUACGCGCGGGCCUGGGCGCUGCUCCUGGGCGAGGCCGAGCACGCAGCGCCCACCAAGACUGGGGUCGUGGAUGGGACAGUGGUGAUCGGUGAGCUGCAGCGAGCCUGGGUGGCGGAGGCGGUAGGCCUUUGGUACCGCGUGGGCAGUGCAGCUCCCUACAUGUUCGACCUGACUCUCUCCAAGUAUGAG